ACUUCACUCUCCUCACAUGCCACGUCUGCAUCUUCCUUUUGAGCCAUUCAAUGCAAACACCUGUCCCUUGUGAGUACUCGGCUGCCUACAGAGUCAUCGCAAGCGACAAGGGUUCGCAUUGGGAGUAUUAAAGGUCUACGAGGACAACCGGGUGGUGGGGGAUCCUGUUGUGUCUUCAGCCCUUGUUCUCCCACUGCUUCACCCAUACCACGGCGUUCCUGAGCGCUACCCUCAUCGAACAUGGCUUCGUUCCUCGAAGAGCUUUGGAAUUCGGUCUUCACACCUGGUCCAACGCCGACCCUCAUAAUUGCGACAAACGCCGCCUUUGCCGCCCUUCAAUUCCUCCUUCUUAUCCUGCUUAUCGCGACUUACUCUAUUCACUUUGUCAUCCUGUCUGGGUUGUGUGGCGGACUAUGGUAUUCUAUCAACUGGUUUGCUGCUGAGCUCGCACAAGCUCAACAGGUGGACCAAGCGAAGGAGAAGCGGUCCAAGAGCCCUGAAACAGAAAACGCAAGUGAUACGGAGACCGAAACCACUCCGCCCUCCGCGCCUGAUGAGUCCGUGACGGCAAAGACAACUUCUGCUACCCUCGGACAGACUCAAACACAUGAAAGACUUAAGCCGUCAUCUGAAACGCAUCUCGAACCGUUAUCCGCUGGUAGCACCGAAGCGUUGAGACGUCGGCGGAGCCUGGGCGAGAGCUCCGGAUAUAUCAGCACCGAUAGCGAAUGGGAAAAGAUAUCUGAAGGGGAGGAGAAGAACAAGUGAUGAAGGAUUGACCAUGAUCAUUGGUUGAAAUAUCACUAUACAUACCAGACCUGAUCUGCAGGCCGAAGAUGAGAAAGAAGAGGUUGGCGUUGCCCGCUGGUCAACUACAUACCACAGCAGGCUUGCACAAGAGACGUGUACUCCUUUUCUGGCUAUUUGAAAGUCAUUCGUCGAAGGAUUUGCACGACGCAAAUAUCAAGAUACCCAAUGUACCAAAGAAUACAACUGAGUAAUCCCUUUCCCGUGACGGGGCCCUCCGUGGGACGGCUUGCUGUGGUCAAGUCUGUGAUAUAACUCCUUCUCCAUACAUUUAUCACGGGCUUCGAGACGACCAGUAAUCACGAAGCUUUUUGCGUCGUCAGCUCUCUCUUUCUGCGCCCUUGGAUUUAUCUUUCACCGUUUGAUCUUGUUCGCAAUCGUGCGCUCAGCUUAGAUAAGCG